UUUAUCAAUUCUUGGUUUUGACAUUUCAAAAUCAAACACCAGUUAUAAUAUAGGUAGUCACGAGAUUUCAUGAUAGUCUCUAACUUUUAAGAUAAUUUAAUUCAUCAAUCAUUAAAAUAAAAUGCAAUUAAGAUACGCUUUACUUUCCACAUUCAGUGUACUGACAACAUCAGUGCUAACUAUUUUAGUUUUGUAUUAUGUUCUAACGGGAAAAGGAGAACAAAUAAGCUUCGCAUGGUUUCUUUCAGAAACGUCCCCAUAUAUGUGGGGUGCAGUAGGUAUUGGAUUAUCGGUUGCCUUAUCUGUUGUUGGUGCUGCAAUGGGUAUUCACACGACAGGAGUUAGUAUUGUAGGAGCAGGAGUUAAAGCUCCAAGGAUAAAAACUAAAAAUUUAGUUUCCAUCAUUUUCUGUGAGGCUGUGGCAAUUUAUGGUUUAAUUUUAGCUAUUGUUUUAUCAAGUAAUUUCAUAGAAAUGACACAAAAAACAUGGGAAGAUGGGAAUUUGAAAGAUAAGAAUAUCAUUGCUGCACAUAUAAUUUUCGGAGCUGGUUUGACUGUCGGUUUUGUUAACCUAUUCUGUGGACUAUGCGUUGGUAUUGUUGGUUCCGGAGCCGCUAUUGCAGAUGCUGCUAAUGCUUCUCUGUUCAUUAAAAUUCUAAUCAUUGAGAUCUUUGGAAGUGCUAUAGGUCUAUUUGGACUCAUUGUUGGUAUUUAUUUGACAUCAAAAGGAUCCAUGGGCAACAAUUAAUAUAUUAUCUGUUUGUAUAUUUCUGUUUAUAGAGAACUAUUAUAGCUUUAUUAUAAUUUGAAUGUAGUUAAAGAUUCCACUAUCUGUAUAAUAAUAUACUGUAAAGUUACAAGUUGCCAAUAAAGUAUUUUAAAUUUA